AUCCGUGGAGUCACGUGACACCAGCGGCAGAAAGCAGCGAGCGGCGCUGAGUUUGUAGCUGCGCGAGCCUCAUCAUCUUCAUCAUCAUCAUCACUCCAGCCGCAGCCACGGCACGGUCCAGCCGCGCGAGCCUCCGGGGUCUUCACCGUUUCGGGGUGGCGGGCGCCAUGGCGGGCCCCCGUUAACAGCAGAGCAGAUUUCUCUCUUUGUUCUCGCCGGCUCCCUUCACGCGCCUCCGCCGAGGAGGAGGAGAACUCCCUUUCCGAGCAGAGGAGGAGGCAGCAGCAGCGACCGCGGCGGUGGCGGAGCGAGCCGCGCUCUGAGCGGGACUUGUUUUUCACGAUGGCGGACCGAGAGGCGUCGCCGAUCCCGUUGGAGAUCCGAGCCCGGCUGGCGGAGCUGGAGCUGGAGCUGUCGGAGGGAGACAUCACUCAGAAGGGUUAUGAGAAGAAGAGGUCCAAGCUGAUCAGGGCAUUUACUGGAGGUAUGGAGGGGCCCAUGUCUCACCGGGCCCCGCUCGGCCCUCCCUCUGCUGCUCGUUUCCACCGGCGGAGAACCUCAGGCACCAGAGAUGAGCGCUACAGAUCAGACGUCCACACGGAGGCGGUGCAGGCGGUGCUGGCGCGACACGUGGAGAGGAAGAUGGCCGUGCCCAUGCCCUCCAAACGGCGCUCGCUGGUGGUCCAGACCUCCAUGGAUGCGUACACUCCUCCAGGUCUGUCCCCUCUGUGCUCAGACUCCUCGUCGGGCUCAGAGGAGGAGGCGGGGCCAGGCGACGACAUGUCCAGCGUAGAACACUGGAUGAGCCGCCCCUCCCAGCUCGGCCCCGCCCACCUGGGCUCCACCUCCUCCUCGUCCUCGUCCACGCAGAGCGGAGGCAGCGGGAACGCCGGGCGACUGGCCGACUCGCUGGCACACUCCCACCUGUCACACCUGGCGCACACACACCUUGGGCACGCGCACAUGGGCCAGUCGCACCACCAGCAGAGCCACCUGUCGCAGUCGCAUCACGGAAUCGGACACCUGUCCCUGAAGAGGAAGGGGGCUCUGAGUGUGGCGGAGAACGGCGGAUCUCUGCGGCGUUCCUGCGAGUUUGGAUCGGACAUGUUGUGGCCGCCGCCUCUGGAGUCAGAGGAGAACCACUCGGCCCCGCCGGACGUGACGGGAUACUCCUCGGACUCCUCCCACUCCCAUGUGGAGCGCCACCACAUGUCCAACAUGGGAACCAUCGCCAGGAACACGCAGAAGUACGGAAACGCGGAGCGCAUGGAGACGGGCGAUGGUGUUCCGGUCAGCAGUCGUGUGUCGGCUAAGAUCCAGCAGCUUGUUAACACUCUGAAGCAGCCUCGCAGACCGCCACUACGAGAGUUCUUUGUCGAUGACUUCGAUGAGCUUCUCGAGGUCCAGCAGCCGGACCCCAACCAGCCCCGACCGGAGGGGGCAGAGAUGAUGCCGGUUCGUGGCGAGCCGUUGGGGGUGGUGACCAACUGGCCCCCCUCCCUGGAGGCUGCGCUGCAGCGCUGGGGGACCAUCUCUCCAAAAGCCCCCUGCCUGACCAGCCUGGACACGGCAGGGAAGCCCCUCUACGUGCUCACCUAUGGGAAGCUGUGGUCUCGCAGCAUCAAGCUUGCCUACAACAUCCUCCACAAACUGGGCAGCAAGCAGGAGCCCAUGGUGCGACCAGGCGACCGGGUGGCGCUGGUGUAUCCUAACAAUGAUCCCGUGGCCUUCAUGGUGGCCUUCUAUGGCUGUCUGCUGGCGGAGGUCGUUCCUGUUCCCAUAGAGGUGCCGCUCAGUCGGAAGGAUGCCGGCAGUCAGCAGAUCGGAUUCCUAUUGGGCAGCUGCGGUGUUGCCGUGGCGCUGACCAGCGAUGCCUGCCAUAAAGGCCUCCCCAAGAGCGCAACAGGGGAGAUCCCACAGUUCAAAGGUUGGCCCAAACUGCUGUGGAUUGUGACGGAGUCGAAGCACCUUUCCAAACCCCCCAGGGACUGGUUUCCUCACAUUAAAGAUGCAAAUAACGACACGGCUUACAUCGAGUAUAAAACCUGUAAGGACGGCAGCGUGCUGGGAGUCACGGUGACGAGGAUCGCCCUGCUCACUCACUGCCAGGCUCUCACCCAGUCCUGCAGCUACACUGAGGCUGAGACCAUCGUGAACGUCUUAGACUUCAAGAAGGAUGUGGGGCUGUGGCACGGCAUCCUGACGAGUGUGAUGAACAUGAUGCACGUGAUCAGCGUUCCAUACUCGCUGAUGAAGGUCAACCCGCUGUCGUGGAUCCAGAAAGUCUGCCAGUUUAAAGCCAAGGUGGCGUGUGUGAAGUCCAGAGACAUGCACUGGGCGCUGGUGGCCCACAAAGACCAGAAGGACAUCAACCUGAGCUCGCUGCGCAUGCUGCUGGUGGCCGACGGAUCAAACCCCUGGUCCAUCUCCUCCUGCGACGCCUUCCUCAACGUGUUUCAGACCAAAGGACUGAGAGCGGAGGUCAUCUGUCCCUGCGCCAGCUCACCCGAGGCGCUGACCGUGGCCAUCAGGAGGCCGGUGGAGGACAGCAGCCAGCCUCCAGGCCGAGGCGUCCUGUCCAUGCAGGGGCUGAGCUACGGCGUGGUCCGGGUGGACACAGAGGAGCGGCUGUCUGUGCUCACCGUGCAGGAUGUGGGGACCGUCAUACCUGGAGGUCUGGUGUGCGUGGUGAAGCCGGAGGGCAUCCCUCAGCUCUGCCAGACAGAUGAGAUCGGGGAACUCUGCGUCUGCUCCAUCGCCACCGGCACGUCCUACUACGGUCUGACCGGCAUGACCAAGAACACCUUUGAGGUGUACCCGGUGAGCUCAAGCGGGGGGCUGAUCAGCGAGUACGCCUUUGUUCGGACCGGCCUGCUGGGCUUCAUCGGCCCCGGCGGCCUGGUCUUCAUCACAGGGAAGAUGGACGGGCUCAUCAUGGUGAGCGGGCGGCGCCACAACGCAGAUGACAUCGUGGCCACGGCGCUGGCGGUGGAGCCGAUGAAGUUUGUGUACCGGGGCAGGAUAGCCGUGUUCUCCGUGACGGUGCUGCGAGACGAGAGGAUCGUGGUGGUGGCCGAGCAGAGGCCGGACUCCACGGAGGAGGACAGCUUCCAGUGGAUGAGCCGCGUCCUGCAGGCUAUAGACAGCAUCCACGGGGUGGGUGUGUUCUGUCUGGCUCUGGUCCCGGCCAACACCCUCCCGAAGACGCCCCUGGGCGGCAUCCACCUGUCGGAGAUCAAGCAGCUGUACCUGGAGGGGGGGCUGCACCCCUGCAACGUGCUGAUGUGCCCCCAUACCUGCGUCACCAACCUGCCCAAGCCUCGGCAGAAGCAGCCAGAGAUCGGCCCCGCCUCUGUGAUGGUGGGGAAUCUGGUGUCAGGGAAGAGGAUCGCUCAGGCCAGCGGCAGAGACCUGGGCCAGACCGACGACAACGACCAGUUUCUGUUCCUGUCAGAGGUUUUGCAGUGGAGAGCUCAGACCACCCCGGACCACGUCCUCUACACGCUGCUCAGCUCUCGGGGGGCGGUGUCCAGCUCCCUCACCUGUCUGCAGCUUCACAAGAGGGCGGAGCGUGUUGCAGCGCUGCUGAUGGAGAGAGGGGGUCUGCAGGAAGGAGACCAUGUCGCUCUAGUCUACCCACCAGGCAUCGACCUGAUCGCAGCGUUUUACGGCUGCCUGUACGCCGGCUGUGUUCCCAUCACGGUGCGACCCCCCCACCCUCAGAACAUCUCCACCACCCUGCCCACCGUCAAGAUGAUCGUGGAGGUCAGUCACUCAGCCUGCGUGAUGACCACCGCUGUCAUCUGUAAGCUGCUGCGCUCCAAGGAGGCCACGGCCACAGUGGACAUCAGGAACUGGCCGCCGGUUCUGGACACUGAUGACCUGCCAAAGAAGAAACCUCCAGCUCUCUAUAAACCCACCAACCCUGACGGCCUGGCUUAUCUGGACUUCAGUGUGUCCACAACCGGCAUGUUAGCCGGGGUUCAGAUGUCCCAUAAUGCAGUUGGGGCCUUCUGUCGCUCAGUGAAGCUGCAGUGUGAGCUGUACCCGUCCAGAGAGGUGGCCAUCUGUCUGGAUCCGUACUGCGGCCUGGGCUUCGUCCUUUGGUGUCUCUGCAGUGUUUAUUCAGGUCACCAGUCCAUCCUGAUCCCCCCCGUGGAGCUGGAGACCAACCCAGCUCUAUGGCUGCUGGCCGUCAGCCAGCUGAGGGUGCGAGACACCUUCUGCUCCUACAGCGUCAUGGAGCUCUGCACCAAAGGACUGGGACUGCAGACGGAGGCCCUGAAGGCUCGAGGUCUGGAUCUGUCCCGGGUUCGGGCCUGUGUGGUGGUGGCAGAGGAAAGGCCCAGGAUGGCGCUCACACACUCCUUCUCCAAGCUCUUCAAAGACCUGGGUCUUCACCCGCGCUCCGUCAGCACCUCCUUCGGCUGCAGAGUCAACCUGGCCAUCUGCCUGCAGGGAACGUCUGGACCGGACCCCACCACUGUGUACGUGGACAUGAGAGCGCUGCGCCAUGACAGGGUCCGGCUGGUGGAGAGAGGCUCACCUCACAGUCUGCCGCUGAUGGAGUCCGGCAAGAUCCUGCCUGGAGUCCGAAUCAUCAUCGCCAACCCGGAGACCAAAGGGCCGCUGGGAGACUCACACCUCGGAGAGAUCUGGGUCCACAGCGCUCACAAUGGCAGCGGUUACUACAGCGGCUAUGGCGAGGAGGUCCUGCAGUCGGAUCACUUUAACUCCAGACUGAGCUUUGGAGACACGCAGACGGUCUGGGCCAGGACGGGCUACCUGGGCUUCCUGCGCCGGACCGAGCUCACAGAUGCCCACGGAGAGAGGCACGACGCGCUCUUCGUGGUGGGAGCUCUGGAGGAGGCCAUGGAGCUGCGAGGGAUGAGGUACCAUCCCAUCGACAUCGAGACCUCCGUCAUCCGCGCGCACAAGAGCAUCAUGGAGUGCGCCGUCUUCACCUGGACCAACCUGCUGGUGGUGGUGGUGGAGCUGGAGGGCUCCGAGCAGGAGGCCCUGGACCUGGUUCCCAUGGUGACCAAGGCUGUGCUGGAGGAGCACUACCUGAUUGUGGGCGUGGUCGUGGUGACAGACGUUGGGGUCAUCCCCAUCAACUCCCGCGGCGAGAAACAGCGCAUGCACUUGCGCGAUGGCUUCUUGCAGGACCAGCUGGACCCCAUCUACGUGGCCUACAACAUGUAGCUGGAGUGUGUGAGUGUGUGCUGGAGCGGCAGAGCCAGCGCCUGUGAUCUGUCCAAACCGCCGUCCUUCAUUCCUGUCUUCAGAUCAAGCUGUACUGUAUUUUUGAAGCUGCAGAUGGUGUGAUCUUCAGUCCUCCCUUUGGUUUUGUUCGUUGUUGUACCAGCUACUUGACGGCUCAUGAUGACGGACUUAUGACAGAUCAAUGACAGAUCAAUGACAGAUCACUGUCAAUCAAUGAUUGAUCAAUGGCUGAUUAUUGAUCGUUGAUUGAAUGGUGACUGACUGUUGACUAAUCAAUAUAUAAAGGAUGACUAAUGGAUGACUGACUAUUGACUGACUGGGGACUCACUAUUGGUAGAUCGUUGACUGAUUGUUGACUGAUCAAUAUACAAAGGAUAACUAAUGGAUGAAUGACUAUUGACUGAUUGGGGACUGAAUAUUGACAGAUCAUUGACAAAUCGUUGACUCACUGUUGACAGAUCAUUGACUCGCUAUUGACAGAUGGUUGACUCACUGUUAACAGAUGGUUGACUGACUGUUGACAGAUGGUUGACUGACUGUUGACAGAUGGUUGACUGACUGUUGCCAGAUCCUUGACUGACUAUUGAUAGAUCGUUGACUGACUGUUGACAGAUGGUUGAUUCACUAUUGACAGAUCCUUGGCUGACUAUUGACAGAUCCUUGACUGACUGUUGACAGAUCAUUGACUAACUGUUGACAGAUCGUUGACUGACUGUUGACAGAUCGUUGACUAACUGUUGACAGAUCCUUGCAUGACUAUUGACAGAUACUUGACUGACUGUUAACAGAUCCUUGAAUGACUGUUGACAGAUCGUUGACUAACUGUUGACAGAUCGUUGACUAACUGUUGACAGAUCCUUGACUGACUGUUGACAGAUCGUUGACUGACUGUUGACAGAUCCUUGACUGAUUGUUGACAGAUUCUUGACUGAUUCUUGACUAUUGACAGAUCCUUGACUGACUGUUGACUAUUGACAGAUCGUUGACAGAUCACUGACUGAUGGUCGACUGCCUGUGCCGUCCGGGCCGUUUUUCCACCCGCUCCAUGUCCCUACAGGAGCUCGUCUUUUGGGGAUCACUGUGUUUAAGGCUGACUGGGAAAGCAGAGUGGAGAUGGGGCCUGUUGGUACCUCUUUGUGGUCAAAUUACGAAUCCUGGAUCUGUGGUUUUAUUACCAUUAGAGCAGGGGCAUCCUAAUCUCUGUAAAAAUAUAAAUACUGUACAUAGACAUAAUAAUCUAUAUGGAGAGGUACCUAAAACACAAUGAGGUGUAGUAGCCCCUAUAUGCAGCUCUCUCCACCCGCACCCUGUCUGUGUGUGAGUGUGUUCACUCGUCCCACUGGGACGUCUGCGUGGCUUCAGACCAGAUUUUAUCCGCAAAGAUCGAAGAAGAAACGCUUUAUGAAGAAAAAGACAAAAGCAUCCAUGCUUGUUUUCAGAGAGGUUGGUCUUCUGAAUCUUCUGAAAUGCAACAAAAAAUAUCAGGACUGCAAGUCUGUUGUGUUUGCAAAGAGGUGAAACAGCUGCAGCUUCAUGACAGCAGUGCAGCAGCUUUACUGAACUGCUCAUGAAAUUUAGUCCAAAGUCAGGCAACGUGCACUGUGUGAAUACGAUAGAAACGGAAUUAUUAUCACUAUUUAAAUGGAGUUGAAGGGACAUCAGAGAUUAGCUAACAGGAUCCAGAUGUUGCUGCAGCAGUUCUCUGUCUGUGAGAAGACCUGAAAUCUUUCAUAUAAAAAAGCUGCAGUUCAGGUUUCCAGAAAGACCAGGAAUCACUUUAGUGACGCAUUGAUGUGUCUGUUUUUAGACAGAGAGUGCCUGCAGGAUCUCUGCACAGAAACAUCUGGACGCUGACCGGAACUCCAGAAAAGUUUACAUUAAAGCUCUUAUUGUAGCAAUAAUCUCCCAAAGGAUGUUCUUUACUGUCAGUGAGGAUCCCAGACUUUUACUGCUCUCAGCUUUGCACAUCUGAGACUUUUCUUUGCGUUUGACCUGAUCACAGGGAAACAUGACGGGUCUUUGGCAUUUUGGCUAAAUCACAUUCAAAGAAGAAAUAUUGUCAAUAUGUUGUUGCAGCCACUAGAUGUCACUGCAUACCCAACAUUGAACUUCACUGAGCUUUCAAACAUAUCUGCAUUAUAUCCAGCCUAAAAAUACAAAGGUGGCAUAAACAACAAGAAAUCCCAUUUUCUGCCAAAACAGAUGUGAAAGCUCUCUACUUGAGCGCUAACGUACCCUGAGACAUCAAAGAUGACCUGAAGGUCGGACGUAGUCUCUAAGACUUUCAAGAUACUUAGUUCAUAUCAUUGUCACGGAAAUUUAAAAGCCUGAAAUUACCUCCUAUUAGCUUUCAGGUUGAUUAGGAAAGGAUAAACUAUCUCAAGGUCAUUCAAAGAAAUGAGUAAAGAUGCUCCAUCAUUCAAAACUCCACUGACCUCCAAUCUGACUGCAUGAUGUGAUCACCUAAAAAGACAAAAUAAACUCAAAGAGGCUCGAUUCUUCAAAAAUGAAAAGUUACUUGUAUGUUUUAAAUGCAAGUACAAAAUCAGCUAACUGGCAAAAUUCUAAAAUCUUUCCAAAAGAAAAGUCAUCUUUUUGGAGGAUUUUAAUUUGUUUCCGUUUGUUUCUGCAGAGAGAAGAGAACAGUUGAAUAACGACAUAUCUACAGAGGCGUCUCCAGAAGGAAUAUGAUGAGAAAAAAGGAGUCUUGACAGCGAGAUGCUCUUAUUAUCUGCAGUUUGAUCCCAGGUCGUCCUCAUCUCAGGCGGCUUUCUUAUGAAGGUCUGUGGAGUUUCUGCAGUAAAAAACAUCCUGAGCUUCAGUACAGCAGCUACUUCCUGAUGUGCACUGACUCAAACUUUUCCUCAGCUCAAAUGAGGCUAUAAGAGAGUUUAACAGAGUUACUUAAGAACUUUAUCAAGAGUUUAAAGAGAUACAGGAGAGUAAAUGUUUAUAGAAGAUGAGAGGUUCGUGUCCAUGUCUGGAGGUCUUUGCUUUCACAUGGUUUCUCCUCAGAGGUUCAGAAGAAUUGUUUGCGUUUCAGAAGACGCUCUCAGCUAAACUUUGCAGUUUGGCUUGUUGGUAGCAAAGUAGCGGUCAUGUUUUAUUCAUCAGGAAGGAACCCCAUCAGAACCCGGAGGACUCGUGCGUGUCUGGGCCUGAGCGGGAGAGGGGAGUGUGAGUGUGUAUUGUAUGUAAAUAGUGUUGAUUUUGUACGGUUCAAGUGUGUGUGACUCGUUUUGUACACAUGAUGAAGAAAAGAUGAAAGGACACUUUUAUAAGAGCUGCCUGUCGGCUCACCGUCACACUAUACAGUGCAAUAAAGUGCUUUGAUUGGCUAAACCA